AUGUCCGAUAAGCCAGUUGUCUACAUUGCCGCUGUUUCCAGGACGCCAAUUGGUGGUUUCCAAGGCUCCGUCUCUGCACUCAGUGCUAUCCAGCUAGGAUCGCACGCUAUCAAGACUGCCCUUGCCAAGGUCCCCGGUGUCAAGCCAGAGGAGGUUGAGGAGGUUUUCUUUGGAAAUGUCUUGUCCGCUGGUCUCGGCCAGAACCCCGCUAGACAAUGUGCCAUCGGAGCUGGACUCUCUAACACUGUUGUCGCCACCACUGUCAACAAGGUCUGCGCGUCUGGAAUGAAGGCUAUCAUUCUCGGUGCUCAGACUAUCAUGACUGGCAAUGCAGAUAUCGUUAUCGCCGGUGGCACAGAGAGCAUGUCGAAUGUCCCAUACUACUCCCAAAACCUACGAACCGGUGCUCGUUUCGGAAAUCAGACUUUGAUCGAUGGAAUCCUCAAGGAUGGUUUGACCGAUGCUUACGAUGAUGUACAUAUGGGAUUGGCCGCUGAAGAGUGUGCUGAAGACUAUAGUAUUGAUCGUGUAGCUCAGGAUGAAUAUGCUAUCAGAAGUUACCAGAAAGCCCAGGAGGCACAGAAGAAUGGACUUUUUGAUAAGGAGAUCGCACCUAUUACCGUUCCAGGACCUCGUGGAAAGCCUGCUGUUACCGUUACGGCUGAUGAUGAGGCUAAGAAUUUACUUGUUGAGAAGCUGAGGUCAAUGAAGCCGGCAUUCAAGCCUAACGGCGGAACUGUCACUGCUCCAAACGCCUCCCCCCUCUCCGACGGUGCAGCUGCAGUCGUCUUGGUCUCUGAAGCCAAGCUAAAGGAGCUCAAGCUCCAACCUGUCGCCAAAAUCCUCGGUUGGGGUGACGCCGCUCACAAGCCCAGCAAAUUCACCACAGCUCCAGCCCUCGCCAUUCCAAAGGCUCUAAAACACGCCGGCAAAUCCCAAGGUGAAGUUGACUACUUCGAAAUCAACGAAGCCUUCUCCGUCGUCGCCCUUGCAAACCUAAAGUUGUUGGAUAUCGAUGCUGAAAAGGUCAAUGUUCACGGUGGUGCCGUCGCCUUGGGUCAUCCUCUCGGUGCCUCUGGCGCUAGAAUUGUUGCUACAUUACUUGGUGUUUUGGAGGCUAGAGACGCUAAGGUGGGUUGUGCGGGUAUCUGUAAUGGAGGCGGUGGAGCUACGGCGAUUGUCAUCGAGAGGAUUUAG